UACUGUCUUUGAGGGAAUAUCUGUAAUUAUUCUAAGGUUAUGUCCAUUAAAAUACCUCAUGAAAAUUACCUUAUUUUUACAUUUUUGUUUAAAACACCUGUGUCAUUUAAGUCUCAUUUGUGCUCACUAUUAUUUUUAGGUUGUUAAAGAGAAAUUAUGAAGUACAUUCAGAUGCAGGUUUGUUCAAUGUAUACUUAUCAUAAUGGGUCAAGUUAUGAAGUCCAUCUUUUAUACAUACGUGCAUCCUUAAAAUAAAUAAAACUGAGUCCAAUGGGUCUUACAAGAACUUAAUUUCAUCCCAGCUGAAAUGACACUUGUACCAGUAAUCAAGAUUAUAUACACCAGACCCAGUUGAACAAGACCAGGUCAAAACCUAGUAUCUGGCUGGACUGGCUGACCAAUGGUGUAACUUCAUAACUCAGUCGACCAAUGGUGUAACUUCAUCACUCAGGUCACUCAGGUCAGGACAUUUACAUUUGUAGGGCUGGCCCCACUGUUGUGGUCCAGCCAAAAAGACACCCUCCACAGGAUCAAUAGCCACAUUUGCACAGUGCAGCCAAAUCAAAUUUUACAUUGAGACUGCAAGAUUAUUAGAGGUACCAUUGUCACUCUUAAUUCUGUCCAUAAAAUGCCUCCUUGGUGUUAAUCUUAUAGUCCUAUUGAAAGAUUCCCUCUAAUGUAUUUUUGAUAACAAUCUACAUAAUCCUGUCCUUGAUUGUGCCACUUUGCCCUGGCUGGCCUGAUGAGGACCAAUGUCAUGACAAGGGCCAAAAGCACCGUCUUAAGAUGACUGAUCCAGUCACUCUGAAUGUGGGUGGCCACUUGUACACCACUUCAUUGUCCACCCUGCAGCGCUACCCAGAUUCUAUGCUGGGUGCCAUGUUCCGUGGUGAUUUCCCGUCAGCUCGUGAUGCCCAAGGCAACUAUUUCAUUGACCGUGAUGGCCCGUUGUUCCGUUACAUACUGAAUUUCCUACGAACUUCAGAGCUGACCCUACCGUAUGAUUUCAAAGAGACUGACCUCCUGCGCAAGGAGGCAGACUUCUACCAGAUUGAGCCCCUCAUCCAGUGCUUGAAUGACACAAAGCCACUCUACCCAGUAGACGCCUUUGAGCAGGUUGUGGAGCUGUCCAGCACCAGAAAGCUCUCCAAGUACUCCAACCCUGUGGCCGUCAUCAUCACUCAGCUCACCAUCACCACCAAGGUGCACGCUUUACUUGAGGGCAUCUCCAAGAACUUCACCAAGUGGAACAAGCACAUGAUGUACACCGGGGACUUUCAGGUCUCCUUCACCUUUGGACCUUGUGACUACCACCAAGAAGUGCUUUUGAGGGUGCACCUGGUGGAGUUUAUCACUAAGCAAGGGUUCACCAUCAGGAAUACGCGAGUGCACCACAUGAGUGAGCGUGCCAAUGAGAACACAGUGGAGCAUCAUCGGACAUUUUGUAGACUUGCACGAAAGACAGAAGACUGAUGGACUACUAUCCCUCCUGUAAACAUUAUUUCUGUGACAUGACAAUUAAAGAGGCUAUGGCUGCAUGCCACCUUGUCAUUACAUUCGCCCAAUCAGUGCCCAACCUCACCAAUGCUCUUCUGGAUGAAUGGAAGCAAAUCCCAGCAGCAACGCUCCAAAAUCUAGUAUAAAGCCAUCUCAGAAGAGUGGAGGUUGGUAUAGCAGCAAAGGGUGGACCAAUGCCAUAUUAUUACCCAUAGUUUUGCAUAAGAUUUUGGUGUCAUAAUUUGAUGUCAGGUGUCAUAAUUUUGGCCAUGUAGUGUAUCUCACAAUAGGCCCUACAUCCCAAUAGUGACAAAAUCUAACAAUUUCCCCAGCUCUAUUCCUUCAAACACAUUUUCGUGCAUUUAUUUGACCAUGGUUGAUCAAUAAAGUUGAAGUCCCAUCCAUCUGAAUGAAAAAUGUAUAUAUAUUGGAUUUAUAUAUAUAUAUAAAUGGAUUUCCAGAUCAAAGGAGAAUUUAUCUAUGGAGAAAAUGAAUGGAGUUUCACACAAUCAUCACUGUCACAGUCUGUGAUUUACAAUGGUAUUUAAAACUUGGGGGUUUUUAUCCACAUAUAUUUCUCUCUAAAAUGACACUGGAUCCACUGAAUUCUAACACUGCUGCACGUACAUGUUAUGUACGUCACAGCUAGCGGUUAUCUGACCUUACAAGUGUUAGCUAGGGACCCAGCAGUUGUGAUUUUGAUAGCUAACAUUAGAUUGAUAGCUACCCAAGUUAGGUUGCGAGAUGAUAAAUGCACAUUAAAUUCAAUUAAUAUCGUGUAGUUAUAUUUUUCUAAUGUUGACGCUUUGCUUGCACAGUUGAACAUUCAGUUGUGCUUAUGUAUGUAAAAUUACUGGUUUGUCAAUUAUAAUAUUUUCCUGCAAAAAAGGCUAUCUAGCUAGGUGAGCUAGUGCUAUUUAGUGUUGACAGGAACAAAUAGAAGUUAUUAUAGCAUUGCAAGCUAAGUAGUUAGCUAAAGCUAGUUAACUGUAAGCUAAAUCUAGUUAACUGUAGAAAGGUCUGUGUGGAAUGAAGCUUAAAAGAAGAAGCUGAGAAUGCAGAAAUAUACUGGGGUGUAAUUAACCAACGUUUUAAAUAUGCUGGGGUAUAAAUAACCAACCGCAUUUACUGUGACAAUAGACGUAAUCAAUAGCCUUUUUUAACAUUAUUUUAAAGGAAUUAGAAAAAUUACAACUACAACUAACUUUUCCCCCUAGGCCAUCUAUUUUUUUGAUCCAGAAGUCUCAAAAAUGCUAACAAACAUGAAGGGAAUGACAACACAACUUCCGAGUCCUAUACUUUUGUGAAUAAGUCAUUAAUAUGGCAUGAUUGACCCACUAUUCUGUGGAAGCAUUAUUCUACUCAUACCACUUCUGUAUAAUGUUAACAGUACCACAUUUCGUGGCCCAUUACCCAUCUGUGUUAAAUUUAAUAUGCAUAUUCUAGAAGUCAAUGAUUUUAUGACAUUUCUCAUAAAUACCAUGGAAAACCAUGGCCACUGC